AUGGUGAAGAACACGAAGUUCGUCACGCUCGUCAGCGCUGAAGGGUUUGAAUACGUGGUCGACUACGAAGCCGCGUGCGUGUCGAACAUGAUCAAGAACAUGAUGACGUCCGCGGGGGGAUUCAGCGAGUUGGAGUCGAACCGAGUGACGUUCCCGGAGAUCAAAGGCGCGAUCCUCGAGCGGGUGUGCCAGUAUUUCUACUACAAGCUGCGACACACCGGCAGCAAGGAGGCGCUCCCGCAGUUCCACCUCCCGCCCGAGCAGGCGUUGGAGUUACUCUUGGCAUCUAACUACUUGGAUUGUUGA